AUGGAUAAAGAAUAUUUUCGUUUCUAUAUUGAAGUGCAUACUGCACUUCAUACUGUACCAAUAGUUAUUCAUAAUGAAUUACAUACUGUCUUUGGUGAUGAAGCUCCUCCUCUCAGAACUGUUCAAAGAUGGUCAAGAUGGUUUCGUGAAAGUCGAGAGGAAGUUGAAGAUGAAGAAAGAUCUGGCAGAUCUAUAACGGAGACAAUAUCUGAAAAUAUUAGACACGUUCGCAAUUUUAUUAAUGAUAAUCCUUAUGCUACAGUUGGCGAAAUCGAAGCACAAAGUGUUGAAAAAAUUACUGCAUGUUAUGUUUCCAAAUAUCUGACGAACUUUCAAAAAGCUGAACGAAUACGAAUAUGUCAAGAAAACUGGUUAAAAUUUGAACAACGUGUUUGGGGAUUAUAUGAUGUAGUAACAAGUGAUGAAUCAUGGUUUUGUCACAAGCAAAUCGGUCGGAAAUCAUUGAAUGCUGCUUGA